AUGACCACCAUGAAGGACUACGUCAUCAUGGAGAAGAUUGGCGAAGGCACGUAUGGCGUCGUAUACAAGGCAAAGUGCAAGGCGACCAACAAGAUGGUGGCCAUCAAAAAGAUCCGAGUGGAGGGUGGAGGCGAAGGUGUUCCAGCCACGACGAUACGAGAGGUGGCCCUCCUCCGGGAGUUAAAGCACGAGAACAUAGUGCGUCUCAUAGAUGUCAUCAUGCCACCGUCCAAGGCUAUACACUUGGUCUUCGAGUACAUGACCAUGGAUCUUAGGAAGCUCUUGGAUACUCAGCCCAAGAACAAGACCUUGGAUGGCGCCGUCGUUAAGAAGUACCUCGGUCAGAUAGUAGACGCCAUCCUCUUCUGCCACCGACGCAGAGUUCUGCACCGCGACCUCAAGCCAGCCAACGUGCUUAUCGACGACAACGGCGGCCUCAAGGUGGCCGACUUCGGCUUGUGCCGUGCCUUCACGCUGCCCGUGGGCAUCUUCACCCAUGAGGUGGUUACCCUCUGGUACCGGGCGCCGGAGAUUCUCCUGGGUGCCAGUCGUUACUCGACACCGGUGGACGUGUGGAGUAUCGGGUGCAUCUUCUUCGAGCUGAUCACUGGGAAAACUUUCUUUCGCGGAGAUUCGGAGAUCGACCAGCUGUUCCGGAUAUUCCGCGUCCUGGGUACACCUACAGGAGACACGUGGCCCGCAGUGAUGCAGCUACCCAACUACAAGCCGACCUUUCCGGUGUGGAGAAAAAAUAUCGUGGCCGAGUUGCUUCCCGAGGUGGACUGCGAAGCGGUAGAUCUGCUUCAGAAGAUGCUCAUAUACAGCCCUGGUGAGAGAAUCUCGGCCAAAGGCGCCGCCGCACACCCCUACCUGGCCGGAUCGACCGUUUUCAAGCAGGCGGCGAGCACCACUGAGAAUAUUGUCUUCUCCAACAUGGCGUGCAACCCGAAAGCAGCCCAUCGUGGAAUAUGGGCGGCGAAAAGUGAGGAGGACGGCUUUGUGACAGGGCAGCGUCGCGCUUUCUAA